AUGGCUUACGUCGGUCACACUCCACCAGGAUGGCUCGGGAACCUGUCCGCCGACCAGGAAACAAAACUACAGCAGAUGUGGAAUAUCGUUCUCGUACUGCUGGACGCUGUUUCGCUGGGCGCCCCGGAGCAACCCAUCGAGAACCAGACCGGCGAGGCUGGAAAGCCCGCUGCGGCGCUGACCCGAACCGACACCUUGGCCUCAGCCAACGGAACAAACGCCUUCACCGCACACCUCGCCCAAACGCUCAAAGAGACCGGCCUGACCACGAACGAAAUCAAAUCGCUCAAAGAUGUCUUGCAUGAUACGACGGCGGAGGAGCUGCGCGCGGGCCUGCUGAGCACAGCCAAGAACGACAACCCGGACGCCUUGCUGCUGCGAUUCUUGCGCGCUCGCAAGUUCGAUGUCGGCAAGUCGUUUAACAUGAUGCUGCGGUCGAUGCUGUGGCGGAUUAAGCAGGUCCGCGUCGAUGAAAAGGUCCUCCUCACCACGGAGUUGGACGCCCUCAGGGAAACAAAGGACAAGUCGAAGUCUCACGAGGCCAAGGAGGCCGAAGGCUUUCUUUCGCAGAUGCGCAUGGGCAAAUGCUACCAGCACGGUCAUGAUAAGCAAGGCCGUCCGGUUGGCGUCGUGCGUGUCAAGUUGCACAAGCCGUCUGCACAGAGCACCGAGGCCAUCAACCGGUUCAUCCUUCACGUCCUCGAGUCGACUCGGCUGUUGCUAGUGCCGCCAGUUGACACAGUGACCAUCGUAUUCGAUCUCACUGGUUUCUCUCUCUCUAACAUGGAAUACCCACCCGUCAAAUUCAUCAUCGAAUGCUUCCAAGACAACUACCCCGAAUCUCUCGGAAACCUACUCAUCCACAACGCCCCCUGGAUCUUCUCCGGCAUCUGGAAAAUCAUCAAAGGCUGGAUGGACCCGGUGAUCGUCUCAAAAGUGCACUUCACAAACAGCGUAAAAGACUUGGGCAACUUCAUCGACGUCGACAAGAUCCCCAAGGAAUUAGGCGGCAAGGAAGAUUGGGCAUACAAAUACGUCGAACCGGUCGAAGGCGAGAACGCCCUGAUGGAGGACACAGCCGCAAGAGACGUUCUGCAGGCGGAGCGCCUCAAGAUCGGCGAAGACUUACUCCGCGAAACCUCGAAGUGGAUCAAAGCCGGUGGCGAGCAUAACAAGGAAGAUGUCAAAGCGCUCCAGAGCAAGCGCGACGAUCUUAUCGAGCAGCUGCGGGUCAACUACUGGAAAAUGGACCCGUAUACGCGUGGCCGGAAUGCCCUGGACCGCACGAAUGUUAUACAAGCUGGUGGCAAGGUUGACUUCUAUCCUAGCGAGGUUGUCGCCCCGGUUGAGGAGCUCAAGAAGCUUGAUAUUGAGCAGGUUGAGCGGGAAGAGGUGAAGGACCCGAUUUACACCCCUGACCUGUCAGAUGACUUCCCUGCAUCGCAAUGCGAAAGGGUUUUCAGUACCGUCAUGACACAACACAUCGAGAAUGGUGUCUUAUCCGCCGAACAGAGACUUCAAACAUACAAGAGCGAAGAUGACGCUGAGCAACGAUGA